AUAUCCGAUUUAGUCACUCACCGAACAACGAAAUGAACAAAGCUCUUCUACGGAUUUUAGCGGCCUUGUUCCUGCUGGGAACUUUGGCCGUGGAUGCCAUGCCAGAUGGCAGGAUUGUGGGUGGUGCCGAUACCAGCAUUUACUACACAAAGUAUGUGGUGCAGCUGCGCAGGCGCAGUUCCUCGACUAGUUCCUAUGCCCAGACCUGCGCUGGAAGCAUCGUGGAUGCGGUGACCAUAGCCACCGCUGCCCACUGCGUCUACAAUCGCGAGGCGGAGAACUUCCUGGUGGUGGCCGGUGACGAUAGCCGAGGUGGCAUGGAUGGCGUGGUGGUGCGCGUUACGAAACUAAUCCCACACGAGCUGUACAACGCCACGAUUACGGAUAAUGAUAUUGCUUUGGUGAUUGUGGAUCCUCCACUGCCUUUGGCCAGCUACAGCAACCUGGAAGCCAUCGAACUGGCAGAGGAGCAGCCGACGGUGGGUGUCCAGGCCACCGUGAGUGGUUGGGGCUACACGGCGGAGAACGGGCUGUCCUCCAACCAGCUGCAGCAGGUCACAGUGCCAGUGGUGAACUCCACAAGCUGCCAGGAGUCCUAUUACUGGCGACCCAUCAGCGAGGGAAUGCUCUGUGCCGGAGUUCAAAACGGCGGAAAGGAUGCCUGUCAGGGAGAUUCCGGAGGACCUCUGGUGGUGGACAACAAGCUAGCAGGGAUUGUCUCCUGGGGAGAGGGAUGUGCCAGGCCCAACUAUCCAGGGGUCUAUGCGAAUGUGGUCUACUUCAAGGACUGGAUAGCCAAACAAAGAGCAAAUUAUGCAUGAUCAGGAUAUUUAUGUAACCCUAUUUAAUAAAUAAAUAAAUAUAAAUAUAAAGUUUAAA